UCUGGUCAGUGGAAUAUAAUGCAUUAAUCUAUAUGCUGUUCUUCCAUCCAUCCAUCCAUCCAUUCAUACUUACAUACAUACAUACAUAUAUACAUACAUACAUACUAUACCUUUUUGGGUUUUGCAUCAUGUUUUUGUAAAAUAUAAGAAACAAUAUUAUUUAGAUGGAAAAUUUUUGGAAUUCUAUUGAGUAAAGCAUGAGCAAAUUUGGGUGCAAAUAUGAGGGGUAUUUAGAGCCCAAAUACUUAGGAUCUGGCCAGUCUGAUCCUUCAGAUUCUUCUUGAGAUGGGGUGGGAGUGUAUCUGACAGCUCAGCUUUGUAAAUCCUGGUGCAGAAGUUUGCAGAAGCAAUGCUAUUUUAUCGUGACUAGGAUCACAAAGAAUGCUGAGCUCUUUUCCUGAUCUUACACUGCAACCUCCCACUGAGAAACCGGAGAAUCUGCAUAAUCCUGAGGGCCCACCUACCCUCUGAGGUAGGCAUGUGAGCUAGGAAGGUGCCAUUCCCAGGCUUCGGAGAGCUGGCACUACCCAGGGCUCUCUCUACUCCUGCUUUGAGUGUCAUUUGCAUGGUUCACCAUCUUUUUUCCUGAAAGCAAACGGGAGACAGUUCCAGGCAUAGAAGGGUUACUUCAGAGGCUGUUCUAGCUCCAAAGAGGAGAUGGGGGAGACUAAGGAGCCAGUUUUAACAGGACUCAGUGAGUCAGGGCAGCCCGUGGUUUCCUUUGUUACUCUUAUUCAGCCACUUCCCCUAAAAAAAUAUCCUUUGUGUUUCUGGGCAGUUGUGUGUUCUGUGUUGUGAUCAGCCUGCAGAAAAUGUCAGAGUUGUGGGAGAGAGCAAAGAGAGUGCUCAUGAAUGAAUGAGUGGUCUCAAGGUAGCUUCUGGCAGGACAGUACAAUAAUCAGAACUCUCCAGGCUGUCAGAGGCUGAUGGCUACAAAAGGGGGGAGCCUUAGAAAGUGGGAUAUCUGGGUGUUCUGGGUUGCCUGCUGAAGAGGAAAUGAGAUGCGGCCACCCCGAGCUGUGUCUGUGUGACUGUGACUGACGCAGCCUCUGAGGAAGUGGUUGGAUGCCAGCCUCCCCAGCUUCCCAGGAAACUGCUCCACAGAGCUCCUGUCCAGGCUCUCCCCGAAGCACACUAAAGGGCGCUGGAGCCCUCCCUACAGUAGGCGUGGGCCCGAAUGUGACUUUGCUACGACCUGGUAGUUCUAAUGGGGCUUUACACACAAACCCAACUUCUCCGAAGGCUAAAACAAAACGCCUUCCAACCAUUCCCACCCCUACCCCCUGCAUCCCUCAUAAAACUUAGCAGCAAGCAUUUAGCUCUCCAAGGCUGGUGACUACAGGAGAGAGACAUAACCUGGUUGUGAAUCCUCCGCUUGCUGAGAGCCUGCCACCUCUUUUGGAAGAUCUGGCAGAGAAGGAAUGGGCUGUUUGGGUGGACUGGAAGAAGAAUCUAGAAGAAUCAUUAAAGACCCUGUACUGAUGGGAGUUGAUCUGGAACUCAUCUCUGCACCCCCUGUAAGACCGAAACAGAGAGCCGGGCCCAAGAUGAACUCGCACCUUAUCAGCGGCUCACAGUGCUCCAGACCGUUUGACUGAACCCCGAGAGCCCGAAAAUGUCUGCGUGCAGUGACUUUGUGGAGCACAUCUGGAAACCCGGAUCCUGCAAGAACUGCUUCUGCUUGAGGAGUGACCAUCAGCUCACAGCUGGCCACCCCAAAGCUAGAGCCAGCAGCCUACCCGCUGGAGCUCGCCUGCCUGCCAGGCCUGAGAUUUGCCGCUUAGAGGAUGAAGGUGUGAAUGGCUUGGCCUACUCAAAGCCCACCAUUGCGGUAAAGCCCACCAUGAUGACUUCUGAGACUGCCGACUUGUGGACUGAGGCCAGCCUGAGCGCUGAAGUUCCAAAGGUCAACUGGAGACGAACUCCAGGCAAGCUCCUGCUCCAGAAACAGGAAGAUGGGCCAAUAGUUUACCUCGGCAGCUUCCGAGGAAUGCAGAAGGCUGCAGGCCCUCUCGCCUGCACAGAUAGCAACUCUCGUUGUCCCCCAGCCUACACCAUGGUCGGACUGCAUAACCUGGAGGCCCGAGUGGAUAGGAACACCGCCCUCCAACCAGUGAAUUUCCAGGAAGAGAAGGCUGGGAGGGAAGAGCUGCCCUCAGCUCAGGAGAGCUUUCGUCAGAAGCUAGCUGCCUUUACAGGGAUGACGUCCAGCUGCCUCAAGGGCCCCAGACCCUGCACUUCUCCACAGCCCUUGCGGGAGUCCCUGCCCUCAGAGGAUGACAGUGACCAAAGGUGCUCACCCUCAGGAGACAGCGAAGGUGGGGAGUACUGCUCCAUUUUGGACUGUCGUCCAGAAUCCAGAGAUGCUGUGCAUAACACCGAGGGCUCUGGCCGACGGCGAGGGGACUGCUCACCCAUAUGCUGGGAGCAGGGAACAUGUACAAGACCAACAGAAGAGGAAAAGCAGGCUCUGAACUUCCCCAGAGAGUGUUGUGGUCAGGGAUCCACAGCAAACCCACCCCACCUGGGCCCCAAGAAGCCGUCCCUUAACUCAGAGGCUGCCAGCUCUUCAGAUGGUCUGUCCUGUGGCAGCAGCCGCAGUGGUGCCAACAGCCCCUUUGCUCCACACCUGGAGAAUGACUACUGCUCUCUUGUGAAGGAGCCAACCUCGGUGAAGCAGCAGGACUCUGGCUGCCACUUAGUCAACUCUGGCAAAUAUGUGGGUCAAGCCGUGGACCUCCAGCCCCCAGCCCUUCCUAGGGAGGCUGUGCAGCCUGAACCCAUCUACGCCGAAAGUGCCAAGAGGAAGAAGGCAGCUCCGGUGCCUCAGAGGCCCGAGCCCAAGAAAGAGCAGGUCUCGUCUGGCCAAGUAUGGACAGGCGAUACCUGGUCUCAGAAGACACCCUCUGGCUGGAGCCAGGAAAGGGAAGGCCCAAACGCUGCUCCUCAGGUGGCAACCACUAUUACUGUUAUUGCUGCUCACCCAGAAGAGGACCAUAGGACUAUUUAUCUGAGCAGCCCAGACUCUGCCGUGGGGGUGCAGUGGCCACGUGGGUCUUUGAACCAGGACUUACAUGGUAGUGGAGAAGAGCCUUUGGUCGUGCAGGGGCUAAGCUCAAGGGAGAGCCAUCCACAUAAUAUGACAGAAAACUCGUCCAAAGAAAAGCCUGCCAUACCCCCCAAGCUGUCCAAAAGCAGCCCGGGAGGGUCCCCGGUGUCACCUGCAGCCCCCCCUCUGACUGACCACAGUGAUGGGAACACCAGUGGCAGCAGUGUCGGAUCUCAGCCUUCGUCUAGAGUCCCUACUAACCUAACUUCUUCCUGCCAGACCAAUGGUGUUGCCGCCGGUGACCCUGCCAAGUGUCCCCCACAAGCCAACUCUUCAGUCUUGGACCAGAGGCGGCCAAGAUACCAGACUGGUGCAUGGAGCCGCCAGUGCCGGAUAGAGGAGGAGGAAGAGGUGGGGCAGGAGUUGUUGAGUCAAAGUUGGGGGAGAGAGUUGGAAAAUGGUAUUGCAGACCAUUCAAACUCCUCUACCUGGCACCGGCUCCAUCCCAUUGAUGGCGCCUCUGGGCAGAACGGCAAAACUAACUCUGGGAUGAGCAAAUCAGCUUCCUUUGCGUUUGAGUUCCCAAAGGACAGAGGCAGAUUGGAGUCAUUCUCACCCCCUCCCCCACCUCCAAAGUCAAGGCACCUGUUAAAAAUGAACAAGAGCAGCUCUGACUUGGAGAAAGUGAGCCAGAGCUCUGCAGAAAGCCUCAGCCCGUCCUUCCGAGGGGCCCACGUCAGCUUCACCACGGGCUCCACAGAUAGCCUAGCCUCGGACUCCAGGACUUGCAGCGAUGGAGGUCCAUCGUGUGAAGCCACCCACUCACCCACCAUCAGCGGGAAAAAGCUCUUUGCUCCCGUCCCUUUCCCGUCAGGCUCCACGGAGGAUGUGUCCCCCAGCGGUCCUGCACAGCCUCCUCCUCUGCCCCAGAAAAAGAUAGUGAGCCGUGCUGCCUCCUCCCCUGAUGGCUUCUUCUGGACCCAAGGUUCCCCUAAGCCACGCACAGCGAGUCCCAAGCUGAACCUAAGCCACUCGGAAACCAAUGUUUGUGCCCAUGACGAGCCUCCUUUGAGCUAUUCCUUGAACUCUGGAAACCAUCCCCACCAUGUCUUCUCCUCUUCUGAGCCUUUGGAGAAAGCUUUCAAAGGCAGUGUCCCCUGGGCCCCAGCUCUGGGUCCAGCAAACAGCAAAGGCGGUUGUGGGAGCCCCAAUCUCCAGGGCAGAGCGGCCACCUCCACCUCGUCAUCCCAGCUCAGCGUGUCCAGCCAGGCCUCCACCGGCAGCAGCCAGCUUCAGCUGCACAGCCUGCUGAGCAGUAUCAGCAGCAAGGAGGGCACCUAUGCCAAGCUCGGGGGCCUCUACACACAGUCCCUGGCCCGCCUAGUGACCAAGUGCGAAGACCUCUUCAUGGGUGGUCUGAAAACGGAACUGCGCUUCGAUGAGAACAGCUGGUCGCUCUUCAAACUGAUAUGCAACAAGCCUUGCUGUGACUCGGGAGAUGCAAUUUACUACGGUGCCACUUGCUCCAAGGACCCCGACAGCAUCUACGCAGUGAAAAUCUGCAAAACCCCAGAACCCAAGUCAGCUUCGUACUGUAGCCCGUCCGUGCCAGUGCACUUCAACAUCCAGCAAGACUGCGGCCACUUUGUGGCCUCUGUGCCCUCCAGCAUGCUUGCCUUCCCCGACACAUCCAGCAAGGACCCUGCGCCUGCUGCGCCCUCACACACCCCUGCCCAGGAGCAGGACUGUGUGGUGGUCAUCACCCGGGAGGUGCCGCACCAGACUGCCUCGGACUUUGUGCGGGACUCUGUGGCCAGCCACCGCGCAGAGCCUGAGGUUUACGAGCGCCGGGUGUGCUUCUUGCUUCUGCAGCUCUGCAACGGGCUGGAGCAUCUGAAGGAACAUGGGAUCAUCCACCGGGACCUAUGUCUGGAGAACCUGUUGCUAGUGCAUUGCAACCCUCAGAGCUCUCCCGGGCCCUCUGCUAAUCCCAGCGUGCCCACCACCACGUCCCGUUGUCCUUCUGCCGCACCCGCAGCCACCACAGCCUGCCAGGGAGGACCUGGUGAGAAGCACCUGCCCAGGCUGAUCAUCAGCAACUUCCUGAAGGCCAAGCAGAAGCCGGGAGGCACCACCAACCUGCAACAGAAGAAGAGCCAGGCCCGGCUGGCCCCUGAGAUCGUAUCUGCCUCUCAGUACCGUAAGUUUGAUGAGUUCCAGACUGGCAUCCUCAUCUACGAGCUGCUCCACCAGCCCAACCCAUUCGAGGUGCGAGCCCAGCUACGGGAGCGUGACUACCGGCGGGAGGACCUACCCCCGCUGCCCACACUGUCGCUCUACUCGCCCGGCCUGCAGCAGCUCGCCCACCUGCUCCUUGAGGCCGAUCCCAUCAAGCGCAUCCGCAUAGGUGAGGCCAAGCGGGUGCUACAGUGCUUGCUGUGGGGGCCACGGCGAGAGCUGGUAGAGCAGCCGUGCCCCUCGGAGGAGGUACUGUGCAACACUCUGCACAACUGGAUCGACAUGAAGCGAGCCCUGAUGAUGAUGAAGUUUGCCGAGAAGGCGGUAGAACGAAGGCGGGGUGUGGAGCUGGAGGAUUGGCUCUGUUGCCAGUACUUGGCCUCAGCAGAGCCAGGGGCCCUCUUGCAGUCCCUGAAGCUCCUGCAACUUCUCUGAGCCCCUAGUCAGACCAUUCCCUCGCCACCUUCCAUGCCCGCCCCAUGCCCUUGCCUUGCCUGCAUCCGGGUUACCCUGGGAAAUGGUACAAAUGACUAUCGUCCUUGGAUGUAAUAUUUUAUAUAUACAUAUAUAAUAUAAAUAUGAAAGACUGGGAGUGUCACUUCACACACGCCAGCCUCCUCUCCUCACAGAGUCCCCCUUCCUCCACCACCGCCACCCUGUAAUUAUGUACAGUUCUAGCUUCACGCGAGGUCCUGAGGACAGUCCCACCGAUAGAACCAAGUUUGGACUCCUGCCUCACUACCCCAUUAUGGAGUCUGCUCGCCCUUUUGUCAAACUGUUAUUUAAAAAACAACCUCCACAAUAAAAAAACAAAGUCUUA